GCUAUACCUUUGUGAUUCUGUUUAGGCCAGCAGAGAAGGCCUUGCAGGCCCUGACGGCCCACCACUGAGUAAUAGAAUACCUGGAUGUAAAGAAUUAGCUGAAUACAUGAAUAUUAGUGAUUAGCUGAAUCAUAUAUUAAUCGAGUUAUCUUUGACUGGAAAUAAUGGAUAAGAGGAAACAGUGAGCAGCAAAACAGCCAUUAAGUCAACACGCCACCACCAGUUAUAUGCAUGUAUCAAGAAUGUGGGCAGGCAUGAUUACGGAAGAAUUUUAAAAAAAAGCUUAACGAUGCAAUAAUAGUGGAUUAUGAUAGCAGGCAACAAAAUGAAAAUAAUAGCAAUCUCAAAAACUCCAACAUCAGUUAAAUCAUGACUUACGAGGUAGGCACACUUGAAAGAAGUAUGGGCAGAGCCUGAACAAUCAAUAUAUCUAUACUUAUUGUAUAGAGCAGGUCAAGACGGAACUCUAUACGGACCUUACAUGAGAUUGCCUCACGAUGCUGCUGCUGCAAUAAAUGAAAUUAAUUUUAACGAAUCACCCAGUGCUGCAACGUAUGUGAUUCCACUAACAGAUGUUCAAUGCUGCUGCUGCAACGUAAGUAAUUGCGCUAACAGAUCCCCUGUGCUGCUGCAUUGAAUGCGAUACCACAUGACAUAAUAAAGUUACCAGCAUGUGAGUUCACAAGGACUAUGAUGCAAUGACUGGGGUUAUGAUAGGUCUAAAUGCAAUAUAUGUAGAUAACCUUUAUUUAACUAAGAAGACAUACUGAGAUUAAACCUCUUCUACUGUGAGACCCAGAAGUUGUCCUGUUGGACACAUUAGACCAUGAUGCAGUGUAGGAGGUUGUGUUAGACCAUGAUACAUUGACAGUGACCCACUUACCAGAGUACGACAGAUAGGAGGAAUUGGCAGAAAGCUAUAAAUAGUAGGUAUCUAGAAGAACGCAAUGAAUAACAAAUUAAUGAAUAAGUAGAAUACAUCAACAGGAGGCCAUCUUGUGAUGGAAUCAUGCCAAAUCAGGCCGAGGUGUAAAGUAGGCUGGGCUAAUGACCCACUCCCCACUUCUUACCCACCUACUCCUGACGGCCGUGCUCGGACUGCACACAUCUUUGAGGGAGGGAAGAGGAGAGAAAGAGGGGAUGACAUUCAGCCAAGGGCCCUGAUUCAAUUUGAACCAGAGCUGCUGAGGUAGGAGACUCAGCCUUGGUGCAUGGGGUGCUCUACCAUGUGAGCGAUCUGGGUGCCCCAGUUUUUUUUUGUGAUCCUACAAUAUACCUGAAAAGAUUUGUGACUGAAUAUUGUGACACUUUUACUGUGAGAAAUCUGACAACAGACAGACAUCCAGACAGACAGGCAGACAGUAUAAAAUUAAAAAAAUCUUUAAAGAUCGAAAUGAUUGUGACCAAAAAGACGUGAAUGUAAUGUCGAGGUCAGCUAUGACCGGAAAAACAUGUUAUUGAGGAGAACAGUGAGCAGCGACGUAGCUGCGAAGCAAAAACUCCACCAGCAGUUAUAUGCAUAUGCGAUAGCACUUUUACUACCAUGUGAAAGCUUACGAUGAUUUGUGUGGCAGCUAACUGCGUCAUGCUUUCGCAUAAAUCGUGAAAAGGAAUGCUUGCAUUGAGAAAUUCUGACAAAUGAUUACUCAUGAAUGUGAGCCGUUUGUGUUUCCGUUGCUUGCCCCAGACAUGAAAGCUUCCGGGGAGGCAACUCACACGAUGCAGAUUAUAUCAAAUCUGGAGUAGAGGGAGGCCAGAGUCUGAGAAGCACUGACUGUGAUAUCCUUCAAAAGCCCACUGAUCGAGACGAGCCGCAAGAAUACACCGGUACACCAUGGAAGAGUUGCUAGUAUGGCAACUGAGCACGCUUAUUGUGGUUUGUGAUGAGGUCAGUAAUGACCAGGGCACUUUGCUUGAAUGUGGACGGCAUGAUCCUUCUUACAGACUUCAUGAGCUGCGCUGCUAUGGAUAACUUCUGAGCAUACUGUAGGACUGUAGGAGCCGCAUUUAAGGAAAAACCCAACUUUAGGAGUUUUUGCCACUACAAGGACUUCCAGCCCAGGAUCAGGGCCUGUGUCCCGUGUGAAACCAGAAGUAAACAUGGCAUUUUUUUUAUUAUACAUUCAUCCAUUUAUUUGUUUGUUUAUUUUUUACUUGGUUGACUAUAAGACCCUAACCCAACCAAUGCCAUGUCAUUGUUGUGUUCCUUUGGAGUGAGCUUGCAUGAGAAAAAGGUACAGGUAUGAAGCUUCUGGUCAGAAGGCUAUGGCAGUGGCUGUUCCAUUGAAAAAUGGAGCCUGUGCACCAGUCAAUAUGUGGAUUAUGAAUGUUAGAGAUUUGUGGUGAUUACACAACAUGCCCCAAUGUUCUGUAUCAGAAUAUCAGAGUGGUCAAUCGAGAGCACUUGUGUUUAUGGGUAGGGGAAGGGACUCCUGCUGAAUGGGUGCCAGGUGGUAGGUUAGAAAUGUCUGUAGUUCCAACAUGGGCAUGGAGCACGGGGUGAAAUUGCCUUUUGGAGAGUGACAGGUGAGCCUCUCCUUUUACUCGAAAGGUUUGCUACUCUGGUCGCAAAUUGCAGCAGUUCCCCUGCAGACGGCGCUGUUGUUCUGCUGUGGUGAGCCUGGUGCUGGCAAGUUGCUUAGGCUCUACCGGUUUAGGUGCAUUCGAAAAAGGAACCAACGAGUAAAAACAAAACGAUGAUGGGUCCUUUUGCCUAGUUGUCAGGGCUCUCUCUCAUCCGCUAGGCCUGAAAUUAAAAGAGAGUUAGUGUCACGGAAACCAGGCAGAAUGAAUGAGAGUGAGAGAUCAAGAAGGACUCAUGACAAAAAUACUUAAAAUAAUAAAUGUCACACAUUAUCUUUAUCUUCAGUCUAUAUAGCAAUAACAAAUGCUUCACAGUAGCAGUUAUAGUUGUUGACUUUUUAUCAAUAAACACAAAAAAUUAUGUUAAAAACAUGUAUUAAUUGUUUACAUACAGCUUUUAAUGGCUUAAUGCAGCUGUUAAAAUCAAGUGUUACUGUCAUGUCUUAAUACUGUGAGUACCUCAAAUGGCAUUCCAAUCUCCUCCAUUGUAUUGGGUUGGUGGCAGAUAUAUCAAAGCUGGACCAAUACAACCAAACGCAUCUGCAUGGAUAGAUACUCACUCUUAGUAAGUAAGAAAAAUAUGAUUUAUAUAAUUUCCCCUGUGAAAAUACUCCUAGCGUCAUUAUUACGUGUUUUUUCCCCAUCUUGUCACUUUGUAUCAUCAUCACAGGGGAUACUGAAUGCAUGUUCAUGGUUUCAGUCUAUAAAUACAGAAAUCAAUAAAUCAUUCAAAUGUGAGUGGUAGACAUGAACAGGAGAGAGGCAGAAGUGUUUCUAUUUACCUGCUGUCCCUUUAAGUGUGUGUGUGUGUGUGUGCGUGUGUGUGUGUGUGUGUGUGUGUGUGUGUGUGUGUGUGUGUGUGUCAUUGGCGCAGACGAGCAGCAGGUACAGUUGGCUGGGGGCUGGGGGAUUCCUGCAACACUGAGUCACAUGGGCUGAUCAUUAUCUUGCGCAAACACACAACACACACACACUCUCUCUCUCACACACGCGCACACACACACACACACACACACACACAUUCACACAGAGCAGGGAUCAGGGUAUUGUAUGAUUGCACAAGCACUUCCCCCUCCCCCAGACCUCUCUGUCUCUCUCUCUCUCUGUCACACACCCACACAUAAACACUCACACUCAGUAGAGAGAGUGUCGUUGCAGUGCUACAUUCGGGAAAUAAGAGAUGAGAAGGAGGACACGGUGCUAGGAAGUUUGCCAUUGCUUAGUUUCCGGAUCAAAGGAGUGGAGCCUUCGGAUAACAUCACCCGCAAGUUUGCCUUUAAGGUGAGGUUGGAGAAGGAGGAGGGUGAGGACGGGGAGUUGAAGGGUCCUGUUGUGUUUUGCAUGCAGGUGCAGCACGCUGGGACCAGGACAUACUACUUUAGCGCAGACAGCCAUGAGGAACAGGAAGAAUGGAUUAGAGCCAUGAGCGAAGCUGCAGAGGUCGACAUUCAGCUAACACAGAGAAUGAACACCAUAGCGGAUCUCAACCACACCAUGGUGACCAAGGCACCUAACCAACAAACACAGCAGCCUCUUCAUACACAAACACACAAUGACACUGACAGUGAAAUUACCCCCAACCCUAAGAUCAAUGGGGUCAACAGCCUUGAGACACCCACACCCUCUACCCCCUGCUCCGAUCAAGUGGGAAAAAAUAAUGAUGGAAGACGAGGAGAAAGUGGAGGAGAAGGUGAAGAUGAAGGGGGAGGACCUGCUCCUGACGACGCCUCUCACCUAAGUCACCAUCCAAAUGGUUGGGGCAAAUAUGGCCCUCGCAACACCAUGCCCCCCAACAGCAAAAGCAAACCCCCUCCAUCCAGGAGUCACAGUCAACAUUGUGCCCCACAGGGACACCCAGAGGUGGGUGUUGGCCCAUCAAAUGACCACAGGGAGCAGCAGGAUAACGUGGUACUAAGGAGAGGCUUUGUGCCCAGAACGGCUCCAGAGAGGGUGGCCCAGAGGAAGACCUCCAUGGUCCAGUUGCAACAGUGGGUCAACCAGCGGCGGGUCAUGACCUCCCAGGAAGACAUCAACAGCCCAUCUUGUUACUACCCAGUGAACCGCGGGUUAUCGGGUGACUGCUAUGGCUACCCAGGUGGCCCCACGUAUGUGGAAGAGUACCCCCUGUACCCACCAGGGGUGCGACCUGACAGUAUCUGCUCUGUCUCUGGUGUGGGGGCAUACGAUCGACGCUGGACUGUCGACGAGAAGCGUCACUCACUGAGAGACCGACCCCAUCAGCUGUAUGAACCUCCAAUGCCCAGGGACCAAUGGGGCCCAACGUACUAUGGUGGAAUGGAAACAUCCAUGAGACGUCUGUCCAUCCAACCACGCUCCAGGUCUGUGCCCAGGUCACCAUCGUCAUCAUCAGGAGGACCCUACUCACCGGUGCCACCCAACUUUGCCUCGCCGGCUCGAUCCCCAUCUGUCCGCUUUGAUCGGUUUCCAGGGAGGAUAAGGGACGACGUGAUCUAUGCUGAUCCAUCCGUCUACAGCCUGAGGAGAUCCCUCAGCUCACCAAAGUAUGACUACCCUGGUGACAGGAGGUCCUUAAACCAAGGAUUAUACCACUACAACUACCCUGUAUCCCCUUCCAUCCACAAUAAAAUGGAGGAUAUAUUAGAUCUUCAGCUCCAGCGCAACCUGGAUUACUUAGACCAACAGGUGCCUCCUUUUCAUGACGUGUACAGCAGAGAGUUACAUCCUACACUCAAGCUCAAUGAGAUUGAAACCAGUAAACUCCUGGGUCGACUGUGUGAACAGAACCGAAUUUGGAAAGACCAUGAGGCUGUUGUCCACAGACUGCGGAUGGAAAAGGACAGCCUUGAAGAAGCACUUGUGGCAACUCAUCAGGAGAUGGAGCUGUACCAUAACCAACCUUUGGCCCUGGAAAAACUGCGGUUCAAAAAGGAAACUCUGCAGAACCAGCUCAUCAACAUCAGAGGGGAGCUCUCCCAGGCCUCUAGUGCUUUAACCACCAAUCGUAUGGAGUUUGAAGCAUUAGAGGAUGAGGCCAACGCCAUUCAUGGAGACCUAUGGGAGCAGCUUAAUGCAGGAGGGCAGAGUGGACUGGUUCAUAGGCACAUCCAGAAAGAGUUUUGGAGAGUCCAGGAUGUAUUAGAGGGACUGCACAAGAAUAACUCAUCCAGAGGCACUGACACAGCCAAGCACAGAGUGGCCAGCGGUGCAUCAGGCUCCUUUAGCACCAAUAGUCCAGCCAGUCCCCUGAGCUCAGUAAGCUUCACCAGCCCACUCAGCCCCUUCUCCCCAGUGCCCGGCUCCCAGGUCUCCCCCACCAAACAGCUGGGCCCGGAGGUAAGCACCGGACACACCCAGCCAGGGACCAACCCCAAUCCAAAUCCUGGCACAGGCCAAUGCUUCGACUCUAGAACCAACCCUGAAGUGCGUAUAAAAUCAAUCCCUAAAUCCCGUCCAAAGUCAUGUAUAGUGCCUCAUUUCAAAACUGACCCUAAGCCUAGGUGUAGACCCAAAAGUUAUAGGGAACCUGACACAAGCCUACAUUCAGAACAUAUAAACAACUAUGGUAGUGAAACUCGUGAAUCCUUGAGUAUAUUAGACACUGUGAUAGAGGAAUCAGACCAAAACUUCAACUGCAGAACCAAGACAAACUUUGACCAACCAGCCAAACACACCAAUCAGCAUUCAGGCACAGCCCGAACCCACUCUGACCAGCAGGAAGUUUGUUGGAUAACCUCAAAUGUUUGCAGUCAAGAAGUAAAGAUUGGCCUCAGAAAAGAUGUCUAUCCAGACUCCCACCCAUAUCACUUCUCAGCAGGAUACCAUGGUGGCCUCAGAAACCUGAUCCCCAACAAACGCUUUUCUGUGCCUGAUUACCAGAUCCUGUUUCUCCAGGACUCCUAUCGGGCUGACCUUUUAUCAUUAUGUCACAGACCAGAUCUUUUUACAUCUUCAGGUGCUAGCCAUGAAACCCAACCCUAUCAUCAGCUAGCUUCUCCAUCAUCAUGUCAUGCAAGUUCAGGGGCUAGGCCACUUUCUUACCCCAACAAUCAAGGGGGUAAAGGGGGGCAUAGCAUUGCUCCAGUGACUUCAGCCAUAAUACAGACUGAUUCACCCAGUAAUCACUCAGGUGAAUUAUUCAUGCAGACUCAUCUUUAAAGACAAGGAUAUCCACCAUGUCAUAGUCGAUUCUGAUGAUUCCACAUUCAAUCUGUUCUGAUUUGUAAUAUUGUAAAUACAUGGACAAUAUUUUCCCCCAAAUCAUAAAUAUUUAAGUUUGCAUUGCGAAAGGUAAUCAUGACAUAAUUUUUCAUCCCCAUUUAGUAAAGACAUUGGUGCUUUUAAUUGCCUUUGCAGACAGAACUGUAUCUGACCUUUCACUUGUCAGAACAUUUUCUUUAACCGCUCUACAGGGAUCUCAUGGAUCAGAGAGAAUGUGCACUCAUCCCUGAUUUAUUUUCUCAGAUAACACUCUUUGGCACAGUUGAGCUUUGGUCUGAUUCACAUAAAUAUUUGGGGGAUUUAAUAUCAUGAGUCUUGAGAUGAUACUUUGCCAGAGUAUAAAUUAAGGGUUCAGAGGCAUGUUCUCUCAUUUUUGCAUUCUUUCAUUAAACACCUCCAAAAUUAACCUGCUAUCCGUUGACAACAUUCAUGUUUUCUGUCAACCAAAUAAAAUGAAGAAAAUAUUUGAGUUGAAAAUUUCAUGUUGGACUUUGUGCUGCAGUACAAGCUGUCUCUUAAAUAUAAAUGACAAGCUUUACUUGUUCAAUUCCAAUUCCAGGGAUGGAUCUAAUUGACAAAUUUCCCCUUGGGGAUGAAUAAAGUAUAUAUCUAAUCUAAUCUAAUCUGUUUCUCAGCAAUGUAAUACUGUAUAAAUGUUAGUCUAUUAUAGGUGACAAAUUACUUAUGGAUGGUUGAAAUGGCAUUGCUGUUUCACAGAGCCUUUCACAGAAUGUUUAUGAUAUAGGAAUUCACCCCAGGUAUUUAAUUGGCCAGCUGGGGAUUUUCACAUCCAACUCCUUAACAUAGGAUAAAGACACCACUCCACAGAAUAAUUCCCAUGAGUCCUUUCUGCUCUGCCUGGCUUAUUAUCACUCAUCUUGAUGUGCAGCACUCUUUCUUCCACCUAUCCUUUCCCUCCUUCCUUUCUUCCCUCCCUCUUGCCCUUAUGGUCAUCUAGGAAAGUGUUCCCCCAAGGCCUCCCCUCCCCAAAUCCUAUCACCCUUUGGAGCCCUCCCCUACCUUCCCUCCCUCCGUCCCUCCCCU